UGAUUUCAGAGUUCAUUGCGGUUGGCGAGCAGAUUAACAUUUUAGUAGGUAGCUCAGUUUAUAAACAACUUUCCUUCAUUUUCUAGUGCGUUAAACAAUUUCGAAAAAAAAAUGGUGACUGAAGAUGAUAAUUUUAUCAUUUAUGGUCCACGACCGAGUGAACCCUUACCUAAGGACUGUUUAGGCAAAUUUGUGUUAAAUAAUUUAAUAAACAAUCCUACAAAUGAGGUUAUGCUAAACGUACAAUCCGGACAAUGCAUUUCAUAUUCACAGAUUCUUCAAGAAACUUGUAAUUUGGCUGAAUCUCUGCGAAAAUAUGGCUGCACGCAAGACACGAUCAUAGGACUGUGCAGUGAGAACCACCUCAAGUUUUUUGUACCAUUGUUAGCAGCAACUUGCUUGGGAUCUGUCAUAGUACCUAUUAAUCCUGCUUAUGUUCACGAUGAACUCAGACACGUUUUGAAUCUGACACAGCCACGAAUUUUAUUUUGUUCAAAAUUAACGCUUUCGAAAUUUAGUAAAGACGAAUAUACUUUUAUAGAAAAAAUAAUCUGCAUAGAUUCAGAUGUGCCCAAUGUUGAAACCGCUGAAGAAUUUGUUAGUAAACAACUUAAUAGAAAGUCGGUUGAUCCUAAAAGAUUCGAAAUGUUUAGUGGAAACCCAGAAACUCAUUUAACGGCCAUUAUGACCUCGUCCGGGACUACAGGAUUGCCCAAAGGAGUUAUGUUGACGGAUCACAAUUUUGAAGCUAGAAUUUUACAGUUUCGAGACUCCGUCUACAAAGGAGCAUAUGCAAUAGUGGACGGGAAAUUUACGACGACAUCCAAAGGAACUUUUGGAAUAAUGCCAUUUUAUCAUGGAGCUGGCAUAGUUUUGGCUCUGGCUUGUAUAGCUCAACAGACAAAAAUGUUAGUUGUUAGCCGAUUUGACGAAGACGUCUUUUACAAAACAAUUCAGGACUACCAAAUUGAAAGCAUAGGGUUACCUCCACCUGUAGUUGUUUUAUUGGCCAAAUCUCCAAAAGCAGGCAAAUACGAUUUAUCCAGCUUGAAAAUAAUUGGAAGUGGAUCUGCUCUUCUAAAUAAAGAAACUGAACUUAUCCUUAAGAAAAGACUACCAAACCUUAAAGCAAUCAUUCAAGGAUAUGGCUUAACAGAAUAUUUGGCAGCAUGUCUUGGUAUGCCCGAUGCCGUGGGAAAAGAAGGUUCUACAGGACCUCCUUCAACAUUUACCAGUAUUAAAAUUAGAGACCCAGAAACAGGAAAGUCGCUUGGGCCUCACCUAGUAGGCGAAAUUUGUAUAAAAGGACCAUUGAUGAUGAAAGGUUAUUACAAAAAUGAGCAGGCCACAAGAGACAGCUUUACUGCGGAUGGUUGGCUUAAAUCUGGCGAUCUUGGUUAUUAUGAUGAGAAUAAUUUCAUUUUUAUAGUUGAUAGAUUAAAAGAGCUUAUCAAAUAUAAAGGAUUUCAGGUAGCACCUGCAGAACUCGAAGCACUGCUUUUGCACCAUCCGAAAGUUCUCGACGUAGGAGUUGUUGGUCUUCCAGAUGAGCUAGCGGGGGAACUGCCGGUUGCUUUUGUUGUCAAAAAGCCAGGUGUUGCUGUUACGGAGCAAGAACUUCAAGAUUUCGUCGCAGGAAAAGUAUCACAUCAGAAGAAACUUAGAGGUGGAGUUAUAUUUAUAUCAGCGAUACCUAAAAAUUUAGCAGGAAAAAUCCUCCGAAGAGAAUUAAGAAAAUUGCUAAAAAAUCAUAAAUCUAAACUAUAACAUAACUAUGUUUUUGUACCUAAUCUAAGCUGAAUAAAUGUGUUCGUUUCUUA